AUGAUGCAAAAGGUUUCUGCAGCGUUCAAGAAGCCCAAGGAGGACAGCAAGCCAGAGGAGAUUGGAGCUCAAGCUAAUGGAAAGGUCAACGGCACGGCCAAUGGCAAGCGACACUCCAAGGCUUCGUCCUAUGUUGGUCCGGAAGAAGACCACAGCGCGAAGCGAAAUGAAGUUGUCGCGACAUUUGAGAAGUACGCGCAACUGAUCCAUGCAUCUCGACGCCCGCUUCCAACACAAACUGGAGAUGGCACCUAUCUUGAACACGAGCCUUCCAGCAGUCUCUUUCAGGACCUAAAGGCCCUUAGCUUCAAGGACUAUGCAACCCUGCUGGAAGUGAUGAAAGUCAGAGCUUCCGGCCAGCUGGUCGAUGACAAGACCAUGUUGAUGGAGCGGAUCAUACAGCUCGUCAGCGGCCUUCCGUCGCAUUCCAAAAACCGAACGGAACUCACAAAUGCUUUCCUCGAUGAGCUAUGGACUUCGCUUCCGCAUCCGCCACUUUCAUAUAUGGGAGAUGAGUAUCAGUAUAGAUCCGCAGAUGGCUCAAACAACAACCCCACGCUCCCUUGGCUGGGAGCUGCAAACACGGCAUACGCUCGCUCUAUUCCACCGCUUAUCGUCCAACCGGGAUCGUUACCUGACCCCGGCUUGAUCUUCGAUAGUAUCAUGGCUCGAGACAAGUUUAAGCCUCAUCCUAACAAAGUCUCGAGCGUCUUCUUUGCCUGGGCGUCCCUGAUCAUCCAUGUUGGCAUUGAUCGUGAGAAUGGCAGGUUUACCAAGCCUCGUCCCGAUCUUCCUCCGGGGGAGGCUAAAAAAGCAUGGGCGAAAUACGACAACGACCUGUUCCAGACUGGACGACUAACCAACAGCACGUGGUGCCUGGAUCCCCGUGCCAGGAUGGACAAGAAGGAUACCACCCCUUCCGGUCUUGGCAACCAGUGUUCCAUCGAGUUCAAUCUUGCCUAUCGGUGGCACUCGGCGACAAGCGCCAAGGAUGAAUUGUGGACUGAAAAUGUGUACAAGGAAUUAUUCGGCAAGCUUGCAAGUGAAGUUUCCAUGCCCGAACUCUUGACGGGUCUUGGAAAGUACAUGAACAACCUGGAUAAAGAUCCCUCGAAACGUACAUUUGCCCAUCUUCAACGCCAAGAAGAUGGGACCUUCAGGGACGAAGACCUUGUCAACAUCCUGACGGAGGCCAUUGAAGAUGUUGCUGGGUCCUUCGGUCCGCGAAACAUUCCCAAGGCACUUCGGGCGGUCGAGAUUCUUGGUAUCCAGCAAGCACGAAAAUGGAACUGCGGCUCUCUAAAUGAAUUCCGCAAGUUCUUUGGUUUGAAGCCCUACGACACAUUCGAGGAAAUUAACUCCGAUCCCUAUAUCGCGGAUCAACUCCGCCACCUCUACGAGCAUCCCGACUAUGUGGAACUGUACCCCGGUAUCAUUGCGGAGGAAGCCAAAGAACCCAUGGUCCCUGGCGUGGGCAUCGCACCCACCUACACGAUCUCUCGUGCCGUCCUGUCAGAUGCUGUGGCCCUUGUACGCGGUGACAGAUUCUAUACCACGGACUACAACCCUAAGAAUCUGACCAACUGGGGAUUCAAUGAGAGCAAUUAUGACCUCAGCAUCAACCAGGGCUGUAUCUUCUACAAGUUGGCGCUGCGAGCUUUCCCCAACUACUUCAAACCGAACUCCAUUUACGCUCACUAUCCCAUGACAAUUCCUAGCGAAAACAAGGUGAUCAUGAAGAACCUUGGAAGAGAGUCUCACUACUGCUGGGACCGUCCCGCAUUCAUCCAGCCCAGGGUCAACCUGACCUCCUACGAAGCGGCCAAGCUGAUUCUCGAAGACCAGAAGAACUUCCACGUCACCUGGGGAGAGGCUACUGGGUUCCUUUUCGGUAAGGGUGGCUUCGAUUUCAUGCUGUCGGGUGACACUCCUUUCCAUACUCGGCAGCGAGAAAUCAUGGACAAGGCCCUGUAUCGUGAUCAAUGGCACAAACAAGUCAAGGAAUUUUACGAAUACAUUACGCUCAAGUUGCUGCAUGAGAAGUCUUGCCAGAUUGCGGGUGUCAAUCAAGUCGACAUUACCCGAGAUGUUGGAAACCUUGCCCACGUGCACUUCGCUUCGAACAUCUUCUCUCUCCCACUGAAGACAAAGGAGCAUCCCCGUGGUAUCUUCACGGAGCAUGAAAUGUACAUGAUCAUGGCUGUCAUCUUCACCUGCAUCUUCUUCGACUUGGAUCCGGCCAAGUCUUUCCCCUUGCGCCAGGCGGCUCGUGCCGUAGCCCAGCAGCUUGGCAAGAUUAUCGAAGCAAAUGUCAAGUCUGUGAGCGCCACGGGUUUCCUUUCGAGCUUUAUUGACAGUUUCCGUCGCAAUGACAAUGCCCUCGCGGACUACGGCAUCCACAUGAUCCGCAGACUUCUUGACAGCGGCCUUAGUGCUUCCGAGAUCACUUGGUCUCAGGUGCUCCCCACUGCUGUCGCGAUGGUUCCGAACCAGGCUCAGGUGUUCACUCAAAUCAUCGACUACUACCUGUCUGAUGAAGGGAAGGUUCAUCUUCCUGAGAUCCACCGCCUGGCUAAGGAGAACACCCCCGAGUCGGAUGACAAGCUGCUGCACUAUGCCAUGGAGGGUAUCCGCCUCAAUGGCACGUUCGGAUCAUACCGCGAAUCCCAGACCAACGUUACUAUCAACGACGGCGGCCGCCAGGUGAACAUCAAGCCCGGCUACAAGGUCUUUGUCAGCUUCGUGAGCGCCGCACGAGACCCGAACAUCUUCCCCAACCCGAACGAAGUCCGUCUUGACCGUCCCCUGGAAUCGUACAUCCAUUACGGUGUAGGUCCUCACACCUGUCUGGGCCGCGACGCCAGUCGGGUCGCGUUGACCGCGAUGCUGCGUGUUGUGGGAGGUCUGGACAACCUGCGCCGCGCCCCGGGCCCGCAGGGCCAGCUGAAGAAGAUUCCCCGCCCAGGCGGCUUCUACAUCUACAUGAGGGAGGACCAUGGAAGCUACUUUGUCUUUCCGUUGACCUUCAAAGUGCAUUAUGACGGUCAACUCCCGCCGCUGAAGGGCAGCUCUAGCUAA